AUGAGGAGCGUUUGCGCAUGCGCUGAGGUCACCUGGUCUCCACGCACCAUGGCGACCGGCUUCAAAACUGUGGAACCAUUGGAAUAUUACAGGAGGUUUUUGAAAGAGAACUGUCGGCCCGAUGGAAGGGAACUCGGUGAAUUCCGAACUACCACUGUCAAUAUAGGUUCCAUCUCCACCGCCGACGGUUCUGCGUUAGCGAAGCUGGGUAACACGACCGUCAUCUGUGGAGUGAAAGCGGAGUUUGCAGCACCACCAGGAGAUGCGCCCAGCAAAGGAUAUGUUGUUCCUAACGUGGAUCUCCCACCCCUGUGUUCGUCAAGAUUUCGCCCUGGACCUCCUGGGGAAGAGGCCCAAGUGGCUAGCCAGUUCCUCGCCGACGUCAUUGAAAACUCACAGCUGAUAUCCAAGGAAGAUUUGUGUAUUUCCAAAGGAAAGCUUGCGUGGGUUCUCUACUGUGAUCUAAUUUGCCUCGAUUACGACGGGAACAUUUUGGAUGCCUGCACGAUUGCUUUGUUAGCAGCCUUAAAAAAUGUACAACUGCCAGCAGUUGUGAUCAACGAAGAAACGGGCUUGGCAGAAGUGAAUUUGAAGCAGAAAACUCCUCUAAACAUUAGAACAUAUCCAAUUGCUACAUCAUUUGCUAUAUUUGAUAACACGGUACUCAUAGUCGAUCCAACUGGGGAGGAGGAGAAUUUGGCAACUGGAACUCUAACGGUUGUAAUGGAUGAAGAAGGCAAACUGUGCUGUCUUCACAAACCAGGUGGAAGUGCCCUGGCAGGAACCAAGCUUCAGGAUUGUUUAAGCCGGGCCGUGACCAGACACAAAGAAGUGAAGGUGCUAAUGGACGAAGUCAUAAAAAGUGUGAAACCAACAUAAGCCAUCCAGAGAGAUUUUUCCAAAAUGUAUUUGUAAAAACUGUAUCUUACAGUGUUCGAAGCUUUUAUAUUAACAAAAAUCAAUACCACCUUUA